AUGGCAUCUAAGACGAAAAACUACAAGAUCUUGGCAGCGGCGAAGAGAGCUCAGCAGCAGGACAAGAUCCCCGAGACUUGGCGGAUUCCUGCGGAGAGUUUCCAAGAUGCUACCAACGUGAUGGAUAUACCACUUACCUGCGGCAUAUUAGACCAAACAGAAGUCAAAAUCACUUCUGACUACGACGCAACUGCGCUUCUUGAACAGCUCAAGGCUAGAGUGUGGUCGACUGAGCAAGUGAUUGUAGCCUUUUGCAAACGGGCUGCCAUUGCCCACCAGCUAACGAAUUGUCUAACGGAGAUAUUCUUCGAGGAUGCGAUUGAACGAGCGAAGAAACUUGACCUGGAAUACGAGCAAAAGUUUCGUGGGGAUGCUCUCCCGCCACUUUUUGGGCUCCCAAUUUCACUCAAGGAUAGCUUUCAGGUUGCUGGAUACGAUAAUUCAACCGGAUUGGGUUGUUAUGUGGAUCAGCCAGCAAAGGAACAUAGCGCGCUGGCUGCUAUGCUAAUUGACUUGGGUGCGGUUCUGUACUGCAAGACCAAUCUGCCUCAGGCAAUCAUGACUGGAGAUAGUGACAACAAUAUCUUUGGAAGAACUCUGAACCCUCGCAACAAAAUGCUCACUGUGGGUGGAAGCACAGGAGGCGAAGGCGCACUCAUUGCGCUUCGAGGCAGCAUCCUCGGGGUUGGGACGGAUAUUGCUGGCAGCAUUCGUAUCCCAUCACUCUGCAACGGGAUCUAUGGAUUUAGGGCUAGCGUAGGUUUGGUUCCUCAUGGUGGUGUGCGAGACGUCACCACCCCAGGGACAGAUAUUGUCCGUUCAACAGCCGGGCCUAUGGCGACCUCACUCCGGGAUUGCUCUCUCUUUCUAAAGACGAUACUGCAAGCAGACACCUGGAAGUAUGACAGCACUUCUGUCUCAGUUCCAUGGCUGGACCUUGAACCCGCACGCAAGCUCCGUGUUGGCGUUGCUCAAAAUGAUGGCGUCUAUACCCCAUCGCCACCAAUUAGACGUGCCUUGCAGCAGGCGGUUAGUCUACUUCGUGACAACGACGACAUUCAAAUCAUCCCAAUUGACCUCCCCGACGUCAAAAUACUUUAUCAAGACCACGUAAGCUAUGUGACGCUACCAGGAAGUGAUUACUACUACGAACAGUUCGCGCGGACAGGGGAGCCAGUUGUCCCCUCGCUGGAAACCGUCGGCAUUCUGUCGGUGCCAGGAACGACUCUGCAGGGUUUCUUUGAUUUGAAUGUCCGCAGAGCCGGUGCCGCAAAACAGUACCUCAAAUUGUUCCGUGACAACGAGAUAGAUGUGAUUGUAAUGCCUCCAGCACCACAUACGGCAGUUCCCCUGGACUGCUGGGCGACUGCGGCAUAUACUGGUCUGUGGAAUUAUCUUGAUUAUCCGGCGAUUUCUGUUCCUGUGGGCUAUGUGCGAGACUUUGACUCUGCUGACGAUUUGAGCAACGCCCAAUUUGGCCCGGAGGAUGAGCAGGUCUACCGUCUAUAUACCAGCCCGGAACAAUACAAGGAUGCACCGGUUUCUAUUCAGGCGGUGGGAUAUAGACAAAGAGACGAGGCCUUGUUGAAGGCAGCAGCCGUACUGGACUCGAUCAUAAAUAGGGUUUAG